GGAGGUUGUAGGUAAAGUUGCCUCCCUCUGCCUGUGGAGACACACAGAGCUGCUACUCCGGUUUGUCCUGUGACUCCUUGUGCAACAAAAGAAACCGGCAACCAAAGGUGGUAAUAUUCAUCCACAAAAUAAAGGACAAGUGGAAAACGAUUUUGUCUACAAAAUGAGGAGCGGCUGAUGAUCUAUUGUUGUUUGCCAAGUCAGAGCUUGUUUUAAAGUUUGUCACCACAGUGACACGACGGAAAUAGCCGAGAGAGUGCACAAAGUGCUACGGGCAGGGUAAGGUAAAUGGAACCUCAGUUAUUGUGCUGUGAGGGGGACAGGCCUGCCAGGGCCUACCGGGACUCCAACCUGUUGACUGACCGGGUCCUGCGUGCGCUCUUGCGGGCAGAAGACAAAUACCUCCCCGCUCCCAACUACUUCAAAUGCGUCCAGAGAGAAAUAGCUCCGUACAUGAGGAGGAUAGUGGCGACCUGGGUGUUGGAGGUGUGUGAGGAGCAGAAGUGUGAGGAGGAAGUUUUCCCUCUGGCUAUGAACUACAUGGACCGCUUCCUGUCAGUGGAACCCACCAAGAAGAGCCACCUGCAGUUACUGGGAGCUGCUUGUAUGUUCCUGGCAUCCAAACUGAAGGAGACAAUCCCACUUACUGCUGAGAAACUCUGCAUCUACACAGACAACUCUAUCACACCUACUCAGCUACUGCAAAUGGAACUGCUGGUUCUGAACAAGCUGAAGUGGGACCUGGCUUCAGUAACCCCUCUCGACUUCAUCGACCACUUCCUGUCUCAGCUGCCUGUCCGGAGAGAGACCAGGCCCAUACUCAGGAAGCACGCUCAGACCUUUGUGGCACUGUGUGCUACAGAUGUUAAAUUCAUAGCCAGCCCUCCGUCCAUGGUGGCAGCAGGCAGCAUGGUGGCAGCAGUGGAGGGUUUACAAAUGAAGAUGCUGGGCAAUGCCAUGAUGUCACAGAAACUGACAGAGCAGCUGGCACAGACCAUCAAGAGUGACCCGGAUUGUCUCAGGGCGUGUCAGGAGCAAAUCGAGUCGCUUCUGGAGACCAGUCUCAGACAGGCACAACAGCAACAUUCAGUUACCAUGGAAACUAAGAACAUCAGUGAGGGGCAGGACCUCUCAACUACACCCACAGAUGUCCGCGACAUCAACAUCUGACUGAGAUAAGAGAAGAGAAGCAGGCUGAACUGAUGACCUGGAUGCACACAAAUACAAAAAAAACACACUUAGCUGUGUUUUUACAUGAUGCAGUGUGUGUUUUGUGUGUGUUGGAGCACUCACAAGUAACUGGACCCAACAGAGCAUCAGAACUGUGUAUAUGAAGUCCAGUGUGAACCUUGGCAGGGACCAGAGAGAGAUGCCAACUGGACCCCAUCACAUCCAGCAACCUUAAGACUGGACUGUAGCUAACACUUAAGGAAUGGUUGAAAGAGUAAUGCAUGUUAAGUGCAACUUUUUACCUGUGGGGUAACCCUUACCUUCCUCUAAGCCCUGAUCAGAUGAACAUGAAUCAGCCAGAGACCAAAACUAAUUGGUGUGUUUUGAUUGUCAUGGACCUGCAUUAUCCAACAUUUAAUUAUUAAACAGCACUAAGCUCUACAUAGCCAACUCAGGAGUAAAAAACUUAUUUGCUAAAAGUGAGUAACAGACUUAUCAUGAGCCACACCUACUGACAGUGAAGUGUUGGAGUAAACUGUAAGCGCAGCUCUCAGGUGACCAAGUAGAAACAAACAGUGGUGUAACAUCAACCUAUCAAUUGUGUGUUGAUGACAGCUUACUGGAAAGCAGCAGCUGGAAAUAGUUGUGUAAAACUGGCCUAUUCUGAAUUAUAUGUCUUGCUUUGCAUGACAUAUUAUUUAUCAUGACCUAUACUGUAUUAUAUAGUCAUUUUAAAACAUGUCUCAAAGUUGUGUGCUCAUCUCUGUCUCUGUACUGCAACAAUCUAAGACCCCAAGAGUCUACUCCUAAUUUGAAACCUUUCUUAAAUUUAAGAGCAAUUUAAAUUAGAAAUAAUCAGUUUUACAUUUAUCUUUCCCUUUCAACAGCUUUAUAAAUACUGUUCCCCAUCAAUUUGUAAAGUAAAGGUAAUUACCAGACAGUUGUCAUCCAGCACCGAGGGCCUUCAUAUAACAGUUUGAAAAUAAUGACAUAAUAUCAUCUGUCAUUCUGUGUGAUGUUGAGGUUCCUGAAUUGGAACCCAAAAAACACAGAUAGAGGUGCAGUAUUUUGCUAAUAAAAUAUAAAAUAUACUCCAGUACAUAAAAACCAUCAUAAGAUGUAUCACUCCAAAUUGAAAGGUGUUAUAAACUACCAAACUGUUCUAAUGUGAUGCAAUGUAGUGCAUAGCUGACUCCUACUAGUCAGUAGAGUGAGAUGCACUAACCAUUGAAUGUCACUCUCAACUUUGGAUUGUCAGUGGAGAUAAGAGGCAUCACACUGCAUUUCCUGUGUGCAUUUUAAGUAAAAAAAAAAAAAAAAAAAGUUAAUAACGGUUUUUAGUAAUGAGGUUCAGAGGUAGCCCCGUGAUGGGCUGGCGAUCUGUCCAGGGUGUACCAUGUCAGCUAACUGUAAUGAUUUUACAUAGUUUGAUUGUAAAAUAAAGCUGAUUUUUCUCUGGGGUACACACUGGACUGGACAGGUUGCAGUUUCUCUCCACCUCAAGCAAAAGUUGUAAAUGCAGAUACUGAAUAAUAAUGCCUCUGCAACUUGAUGUAUGAUGAACUGUUUGUCAAUCUGACAAGAUGAAAAGGAUCUGAAACUGUUUUUUCUUCCAACCAUACAAACAGAUUUUGUCUGUCUGUCUCUCCUGGAAAUAAGGAUGAAGCAGUACUCAUUUUGUGAAAUAAGGCAUCAGGUGUACUACUUUAUUUAGCUUCUGAUAUUUAUUAUUGUCAUAUCACUUGACUUGUACAGGAACUUUACAACAAAAAGUUGUACUAAAAGAGAGGUCAAGUCUGUCAAAGAGUUUGUCUUGCCUCAGCUGCUCUAUUAACAUUACCACAUAGAUGGUCUUUGAAGGUACUAAUAUUUUGCUUCUUGAAUAGAGAAGCCACAACUAACUUGUACCUACAUAGUGCUAUGAAGUUUUUAUUUUUUUUUUUUUUUUUUUUUUUUUUAGGGUUUUUAAGGGUAUAUCUCAUGACAUAAGCUUGUAUCAGAUUAAGCUCCAUGUUGGUGCUUUUUGUCUGUCUUAGGACAGAAUGUAAAGAUGAAUUAAAAGGAAAUUUCUUGAUAAAACACUUGUUGCACCUGUUGGUGAUGUUUAGUGUUUAUAAUUUCAGGGCCUGUAUUGUUAUGUGGUGAUAAUUUUUUUUUGUAGAUGACGAGAUGUCAUGUUUCAGUUUAAUCUAGAUCUAGAAUUGAUGAGCUGUGGGCCCCUGUUAAACCCAGUACAUAAACACACACACACACACACACACACACACACACUCCCUUAACCCAUCUUGCCCAGAGCACCAGAAAUUACAUUACAACAUACUGGACUGCUGUGAAAAGUGAAUAUGCACCAUGUAAACAUAACGUCAAAUGAAGUAUAAACAUUUCCAGGCACCUUUUUUCAAUUUAUAUUGUAAUUUACUGCAGCCCUCUGCCAAAUUAAUUUGUGUCUGGAGUGUGGUAUAGUGUGGUGGUCCCAGGGAAGUUAGUGACUUUGUCAAUUUCCUUGUCCAGCCUUGCCCAAAUAUUCAAGAAUGCAAUAGAUGAUGAUCUUAAAUAGCAGUUAGAAUGUAAGAAAUUUA